AUUCUAGAGUAUUCUGAUUUAGUAUAAAUAGGAUCGUGGCAAAAUCGAACUUUACUAGUUAUAGUUUUUUCUCAAACGGUUCAAGAUGAAAACGGCGCUCAUAUUGUUGGUCGUCACAUUGUCUUUGUCCUACGUUUUUGGACAAAAGGACCCUCAUUUCGCAGAUGGAAGAAAUACUAUUGUGCAUCUUUUUGAAUGGCAUUGGGACGACAUCGCAAACGAAUGUGAGAAUUAUUUGGGACCAAAAGGAUAUGCCGGAGUUCAAGUCUCACCUCCCAGUGAAAAUACAGUUAUUGGAAACAGGCCAUGGUGGGAAAGGUACCAACCUAUAAGUUACGCCCUUACCACUAGAUCUGGGGAUGAAAAUUCAUUCGCUAAUAUGGUGCAAAGAUGUAACAACGCAGGAGUAAGAAUCUAUGUGGAUGCUGUAUUCAAUCAAAUGUCAGCUACUUCAGGAGGUGGUACUGCUGGAAACUCAGCAGAUGUCGGAAACUUGCAAUAUCCAGCUGUGCCUUUUGGCCCUGGAGAUUUCCACAGUAGGUGUGAAGUUAACAACUACCAAGAUCCUAACAAUAUCAGAAACUGUUGGCUUGUGGGUCUUCCAGACUUAGAUCAAAGCUCAGAGUACGUGCGUGGAAAAAUCGUUGACUAUCUGAAUCAUUUGGUAGAUCUGGGCGUAACAGGAUUUAGAGUAGAUGCCGCUAAGCACAUGUGGCCGGCAGAUUUACAAGCAAUCUACGGUUCUGUCAAAGAUGUUUCUGUUGGUGGAAGGCCAUUCUAUUUCCAAGAAGUCAUUGAUAUGGGUGGGGAAGCAGUAAAAAAGACUGAGUAUAACAGCUUUGGAACAGUUUUAGAAUUCAAAUUUGGUACAGAAUUGGGAAAUGCUUUCCAGGGUAAUAAUCCAAUUCAUUAUCUAAAAAAUUGGGGACCGGAAUGGGGUCUACUCGAUGGCUCAGACGCAGUAGCUUUCAUCGACAACCAUGACAAUCAAAGACAUGGGUCUGGUGCUAUUCUUACCUAUAAGAAUCCAAAACCUUACAAGAUGGCCAUUGCAUUUAUGUUAGCACAUCCUUAUGGAACUACAAGGAUUAUGUCCAGCUUUUACUUUGAUGACGCAGAUGCAGGUCCACCAGGAUAUGGACCUGGAUUUAACGACGAUGGUUCUUGCACUAACGGUUGGGUCUGCGAACACAGAUGGAGGCAAAUCUCCAAUAUGGUUGGGUUUAGGAAUGCUGUUGCAGGUACCCAAAUCUCCAACUGGUGGGAUAAUGGCGAUCAACAAAUCGCUUUUGGAAGGGGAGACAAAGGUUUCAUUGCUUUUACUCUAAAUGGAGACAUCAACCAAAACUUGCAGACUUCUUUGCCUGCUGGUACUUAUUGCGAUAUCAUUUCUGGAAACUUAGAAAAUGGAUCUUGUACUGGAAAAUCUGUUAAUGUUGACGGUAGCGGACAAGCUUCUAUUAAUUUGUCCAAUGGUGAUGAAGAUGGUAUGGUAGCUAUACAUGUCAAUGCAAAGCUAUAGGAUAUUUUUUAUAAUUGCAAAAAUAAAUAAAGUUUUAGAAAAACGUAAAUUAAAUUAUUUAAUUCAGUAUUACCAUUGUAUUUAGAUAGCCUAGUAGAACAAUGUCAAUGCAAAUAUUUAUGCCACCAAAACAGACAUAUAAAUAAAUAUAUUGUAUUGACUUUUUGGUUAUGUGUAGUAUAUUAAUCACCCAACGUGUAUAAGGGUGAUGUAAAGUAAAACAAAAUAAUUAAAUUAGUCUUGCCGAGGUGUAAUUAUAUUAAUUACAUAACAAGAGUAGCAAGAAGCUCUCGAAUAAUGUAUUAUACUUUAUGUACAACCACAAUCAUACAUUCAUAAUAACGAGAAGGCUUUCAUAAUCUAUAACAUUU